AUGGACUUCCAGGUCGUCGUCCUCGCCGGCGGCACCUCCGACUCCGAGAAACUCUCGCCCCUCGUUUCCAAGGACGUUCCCAAGGCGUUGCUCCCGGUCGCCAACCGCCCCGUGCUCUCUUACGCGCUGGACCUCCUUGAGGCCAGCGACCUCAAGGACCUCAUCGUGGUGGUUGAGGGGCAGGAAGCUGCGCAGCUUGUCGACGCUUGGGUAUCCAGUGCAUACCUGGAUCGGCUUCGAGUGGAGGUAGUUGUGGUUUCUGAAGACCUUGGAAGUGCUGGUGCAUUACGAGCUAUUUCGAAGCGACUGACGGCAAAUGAUAUUUUGGUAGUUAGCGGUGACCUGGUAACAGAUGUGUUGCCUGGAGCUGUUGCUGCUACUCAUAGAAGAAAUGGUGCAGCUGUUACUGCUUUACUAUGUUCUGUUCCUGUUAGUGGUCCUUCAGACACUGCUUCUUCUAGUGGGAAAGAUAAAGCUAAAAAGCCAAAUCGUUUGAACGUAGUAGGGCUGGACAGGAGUAAACAAUUCUUGUUGCAUAUCGUGUCAGGAACUGAUGUUGAAAAAGAUGUUCAAGUUCAUAAAAGAAAAAUACAGGUUGUUGGUCGGAUGGAAAUUCGAAGUGACCUAAUGGAUGCACAUCUUUAUGCUUUUAAGAGGACAAUAUUACAGGACGUACUGGAACAUAAGGAAGCAUACCGUAGCAUUAGACUUGAAGUCCUCCCGUAUUUAGUUAGGAGUCAAUUGAGAUCAGCUCCAUCAGGUGGCAGUGGAACAGCAGUUGACGAAACUGGGAGCAGUGCUGUUCAGUCCAGUGGUAAUUUGCAGUGUUUGUCGCAGCAUCGUGUCAUUGCAUCAUCUGCUUUCAAACAGAACGUACUAUCAAGAUCAAGUGGUGGACAUAGGUGCUGUGCUUAUAUUGCUACUAAAAGCAAAUACUGUCACCGCUUGAACUCAAUUCAAUCAUAUUGUGAUAUCAAUCGAGAUGUUAUAGGGGAAGCUAGCCACCUGUCUGGUUAUUCGUUCUCCACACAAAACAAUAUCAUCCACCCAUCCUCUGUUCUUGGAUCAAAGACUACAAUAGGACCACAUUGUAUUCUUGCUGAGGGUUCACAGCUAGGUGACAAGUGUAGUGUGAAGCGAUCCGUGAUUGGUCGUCAUUGCCGAAUUGGUUCCAAUGUAAAGAUUGUCAACUCUGUUGUGAUGAAUCACGUUGUUAUUGAAGAUGGUUGCCACAUCCAAGGUUCUGUUGUAUGUAAUAAUGUUCAACUGCAAGAACGGGCUGUUCUGAAAGAUUGCCAGGUUGGAGCUGGUUAUAUUGUGACUGCUGGCAGCGAGCACAAAGCAGAAUCCCUAGCAAGAAAGUACAGUGAGCUUUGA